AUGGGCAUUCUCGACAAGAUCAAGGACUUGUCCAAGCCCGCUGUCUCGGGGGACCAGCAGUAUUUCCAGCCUUCCCCCACCUCUACUUCUCUCCCCCUCGAGCAGUCGCUCAAGCGCUACCGCAAGCAAAGGGGGGUCAACCUCGGUUCAUGGUUCACUACGGAAGACUGGCUCGCCACCGAACUCUAUAAGCACGCCGUCGAGCCAAGGGGCAGCGACUUUGACCUGGCGCGCGCCCCUAACGCCAAAGCGCUAAUGGAACACCAUUGGGAUACGUGGAUCACAGAUUCCGACUGGGAGUGGAUCAGGAGCAAGGGCUUCAACAGCGUCCGUCUUCCUAUUGGCUACUACCACCUCGCGGGCGUGUGGCCCGACAUUGUCAAGGGAACAGAUUAUGCGCCUUACGCGGACGUAUACGAGGGAGCAUGGCCGCGGAUCCUCAAUGCGAUCGACCGCGCGGGCCGGUAUGGCCUGGGCGUACUCGUCGACUUCCAUGCUGCUGCAGGCGCGCAGAACACGGACGGUCACUCGGGCAUGUCCGGCGGCACGGUCAAUUUCUGGGACAAGUCGAACCUCAAGUCGACGGCACUCGCCCUUCGGUUCCUCGCGUCAACCCUCGCCCCCAACCCGCACGUGAUUGGACUCGAGCUCCUUAAUGAGCCCAAGAAUGACAGCCGCCUGCAAAAAUGGUACGAGAGCACGAUCGACGAGUUGCGCCCGCUCACGGGCCCCGAUUUUCCGAUCUACGUGAGUGACGCCUGGGACACAAACUGGUACGCGCAGUGGGCGGGGCGGCGGAGCGACUUUAUUGUCGUUGACCACCACCUCUAUCGCUGUUUCACACCCGAGGACAAAGCAAUAGACGGUCGCGGUCACGCGGCCAAGCUCGCGCACGAGUUUGCGCCCAAGUUCAUCCAGUUGUGCGGGCAGGCACCGAUCGUGGUCGGCGAAUGGAGUGCUGGGCUCGACGACUCGGGCCUCCCGCCAGAUACUCCGGCUAGCGAGCGCGACGCGCAGAAGCGCGCGUGGGUCACGGCCCAGUUGGACCUGUACGAGCGUGCGGCGGGGUACUGGUUCUGGACGCUCAAGACGGACCGUCCCUGGGAUGCAGGCUGGUCGGCGUAUAACGCUUCACAGGCCGAGAUCCUGCCGGCAUCGAUGGUGCGGCGUACUCUCCGUCAGCCGGGCGAUCGGACCGCGGCGUGUCACCAAGCAUGUGACGCGCAUUGUGCUUACUGGGGCGCUCAUGGUGGCAAGCCGAAUGCCCACGUGUUUAACUCUGCGUUCUGCAGGGGAUGGGAUGACGCCGCAAUGUUCCUCCGCAGCGAGGGGCAGGCCGAGAUCGGUUUCGUGACCCCCUGGAGCCGGCACCGUCGCGACGAGUUCGCGCAGAGCGGCCAGUUGGGCGACGACGCUUGGCAGUGGGACCACGGGUUUGAGCAGGGCGUGCAGGCGCUCACCGCACAGGCGCUCGAAUGA